CUUUUUUUAGUUUUUGAUUAAAAAUGGCCAUGUCGAACUUAUUAUUAAAAUCAAAAUUUUUCUCUAAGAACUCAAUCGCCCGCCUAUGCCUGCAACGAUUCAAAAGUUCCUUGGUGGUGGUGCAGCACGACAAUGUCAAAUUUGCCCCCGCCACCUUAAAUGCCGUAACUGCCGCAAGCAAAUUAGGAGAGGUCACGUGCUUAGUGGCCGGUCACCAAUGCAAUCAGGCAGCUACAGAAGUUAGUAAAAUUACUAAUGUGAAGAAAGUUUUGUUGGCCGACAGUGAAAUAUUCAAAGGAUUUUUAGCAGAAAAUAUGACCAAUUUGGUAUUGAAAAUUCAGAAGCAGUCCAACUUCACAAACAUAAUUUCAUCCGCUGAUUCUUUUGGAAGGAAUUUGAUACCACGGAUAGCGGCCAUGCUGGAUUGUGCUUCCAUCUCAGACGUCACUGGGAUAAAGUCUGAGGAUACAUUUGUUAGGACCACUUAUGCAGGUAAUGCAAUCCAGACGGUAAGAAGUAAGGAUAACAUUAAGUUGAUAACAGUUCGAGGUACAUCUUUUGAGCCUUCCAAAUUAGAUGGUGGUGCAAAUGUUCCUAUUGAAAAAGUCGAGGUAGAUGGCAGUGAGGAUGCAAAGCUGUCGGAAUUCGUCUCUCAAGACAUCCACAAAUCAGAUCGUCCGGAGUUAGGCUCAGCAAAAGUAGUGGUCUCUGGCGGGCGGGGUAUGAAGAGUGGGGAGAACUUCAACAUGUUGUACGACCUAGCAGAUGCCCUAGGUGGGGGGGCUGUGGGGGCGACCAGAGCCGCCGUUGACGCGGGCUUCGUACCCAAUGAUCUGCAGAUCGGUCAGACUGGAAAGAUAGUGGCUCCUGCUCUAUAUAUAGCUGUAGGGAUUUCCGGAGCAAUCCAGCAUUUAGCGGGAAUGAAGGACAGUAAGGUGAUUGUGGCGAUUAAUAAGGAUCCGGAAGCUCCCAUAUUCCAAGUGGCUGACUACGGAAUAGUGGCCGAUCUAUUUAAGGUCGUGCCAGAGAUGACAUCCAUGCUGAAGAAAUAAUUAUACAUUAUUAUUAUUAUAUAUUUUAUUAUAUUAUAAAUCUUCAUCAUAAUUUUUUAUAAUAUUAAUUAUUACAUUAUAAAUCUCCAUCAUCAUCAUCGUCUUAAUUGUUGUCUUAUAUAAUAAUAUUAUAAUAUAUUAUCUUACCCUUUUAUCAGUCUAAUUUGUUCUUUCAGUCGAUCUUUCGAUGAAUUAAUUGAUGGAUUAUGUAUUAAAUCAAUCUUUUAUUCUUUUAUGUAUUCACUCACUCACUCCGAUGAUUUACGUAGAUUUGAUCUAUUCAUUUAUCAAUCAAUCAAUCAGUCAGUUAAUCAAUCAUGUAAUAAGUUAUUCAAAAUUUAUUCUUUUGAUCAUCAAUCAAUCAAUCGUAUAAUAAUUUAUUCAUAAUUCGUCCUUUUGAUCAAUCAAUCAAUUAUUCAAUCAAUCAAUUAAUUAAUCAUUCAGUCGUUCUUUCAAUCAAUUAAUCAUGUGCCUUGCUUGUUUAAUUACAUUUACGUUCAUUCGUUCAAUCUUCCAUUCCUCCAUCCAUCCAUCCAUCCAUCUUUAUUUGACAAAUUGAAUGAUAAAACAUUUUUCAAAUAAUUUUAUUUUAAAUAAAAUUGAAAAAAUUUUGCAACAACAAAA